AUGAUCAAUAACACAGGAUCUGCCCCAUAUGGGAUCCAGUGCCACGCUGACUCCUUGUUUAGAGACUACAGUUAUUGUGCCUUCUGUCAGGCGUUGCGGGUGUGUACUGCAGAGUUCACCCACGACCGCAAGAGGGUUGGCUCUCUGGAUACUAUACGCACCGAACACGGGUGUCUGGACAAGUUCUCAGUGAAGGAGGACACGAUCAUUAGAACUCAGGACUCCAUACGUCAGGGGGCUAAAAUCCACUUCUCGUUAGAUGUGGGCAACAGGGAGGACUGCCUCGCCCUCUGCUGCAGGAAUACCUUCUGCAACUUGGCCGUCUUCGAGGAGAAGAAGACCGGCACGUGCUACCUGUUCGAGUGUGGUCCACCGGGGGAGACUAAAUGCAGGUUCGCCAGACACAAGUUCUACACCUCCGCCAUACUCUGGACGGAGCAACACCAACACGAGGCGGAUUUGGCUAAUCUCAGGUCGUUCGUAGAGCUAAACGACUCCCUCCCCGCCCCGGAGACCCGCCACGCCGCCCCUACCACCGCCCCAACGCCACCACCCAAAGUUACCAGCCCCACUACCACCACAACGACGACCACCACCACGACCACCACCGCCGUUAAGCCUACUUUACCACCGAGGAAGUGUAGCAGGUUCCAGUUUGAGUGUCACAGCGGGGAGUGUAUAGCCAUCUACAAUGCGUGUGAUGGCAUCCCUCAGUGCCAGGACAAUAGUGACGAAGACCCUGCCCUUGGCUGUCCUGCUGCCUCCACAGAGGGCAUACCAAGUGUGAGGCGGCUGAGCGACGGGGCAGGUGGUGGUGGUGACCCCAGCCAGGCAGCCACUGGACCCUGGGACAACUCGGCCUCUACCAGGGACGGCAAGAACGACCCCAGGUCCAGCGGAGAUGUGUGGCAGGGAGGUCCUCGCUUCCCAAAUUCUGGCCAGGGCUACCCUCCCGGAAUCUUCAGUCAUCGCCCCAACAUCCUCGACACGUACACCCCCUACCAGCCUUCAGGAGGACCUCAGGACGAUGGUCAGAUAUACGGAGGACGAGGCCGGGCUCCUAGCGGCUACUACGACUACAACCAGAGACCCGCCUGGCCAGGACCCCGACUUAACGGAGGUGAAGGUGGCGGACGAGGGGAUCACUACAUGGUGCCAGACCCCAAUCGACUCUUCCCUUACCCUGACUACGGCCAACCACAGUCACAACAACAACCACCACCACCACCACCACCACAGCAGCAGCAGCCACAGAUUCUCCCACCCUUACAACAGCCACAGAUGAACACCAAUCCCAUCUGGAUGGAUAAACCCAACUAUUCCUUGCAACAAGCUCAACAGCAGCUGCACCAACCAAUACUAGACCUGCAACAGUCACACUCGGGGAUGCAGCAACAACAGAUGCAACUACAACAGCUGGCUGGUCAACUGCCUGGUGGACAGUACCAACAACGACCAUCACUCGAACAUCAACAGAGCAUCGUCAACAUGCAGACCAACCUUCAGGGCACAGAGAUGGGUAUGACAGGUGGAGGUCACAGCCGUCUAACAACAAUUGGCGAGGGCGCACCACCACCCCCACCACCACCUCCACCAGCCUCUAAGACCAGUCCCUCCACCUCCACCCCUGUCGUCACCCCGCCUUCAGGAGUGAGGAGCCACAACAACAGCAACAGUAGCGAGGUCACAGGGUCAGCGACGGGGGUCUCCCACGCCCAAACGCCCGCACACGCCGCCCAAAACCCCCUGAACAAGGUAGCUCACGCCUCCAUGACACGCCUUGAGGUCAACCUUGAGGAAUUGGAGAUGGAGGCGAUGGAACAGGACGCCCAGGCCUCAGGGGCAGUACUGGCCCUAGCCAUGGGUGUGUGCAUCACGGCGCUGCUGGUGGUGCUGGUCGGCUGCCGUCUCAGAGGUGUUCGUCGACGUCUACGGAAGCAGCGAGGUAGUCGUUCACCUUAUUCCCACGACGCCGAUUACCUCGUCAACGGCAUGUAUCUGUAGAAGGGGUGACACGGUGAACUCGCUGUGAAGACCUGUGUAUGUGUCUAAUGUAGAAGGACACGACGGAAGAUACGAGAGACAAGAGGCACCAGUCAGUUAGAUGUGUCCCUGAGGAAAACAAAAGUAAAUAGAUUCACCCUCCUUGACUACCUGCCUGACGAAGGGAUGACAACACCUCCCUCUGAGAAACAACGAAGAAGAUUUUUACUAAACAAGUUAAGAAAUUAAAUAGUUUGAAUGUUAUGAAGAAGGAAAACUAUGAAACUGGAUCUCACGAAAUUGAUGAUAGGACGGACCAUAGAUUGGUCUGUGAAGGUGAGGCCUAUUGUAAUGACUAAGUGCCCUUAUAUGGGAACCUGUGUUAGGUGCCACGAGAUGAUUAGAUAAGUUGUGAGCGUCAUUUAUAGGUCCACAGGUGUAGUACAGGUGAGACAGGAACAAAUGGCAGGUUAUAUCACUAUAAUGUGUAAAGCAUCAGUAUUUACCUAUGCCCUGUUUGUUAUUUAAGUAAGUACAGUAAUCACUAAGGAGUAUUUAUCAAAGCUUGAGUCAUUACUGUUUACCAAAGUCACUUAUUAUGCAUAUAAUUACAGUAAUUAUAAAGAACAAAAUAAUAAUAAUAUAACAUGGUGGCAAUAAUAUAAUUCGCGGUAAAUUAUUUUGUAUAUUUCCAAGUAAUAAAAUAAUAUAUACCAAAAAAAAAGGCUUUUGCCAUGGUUAUCUGCAAGAAAAUUAUAUACAAAAAUAACCUAAUAAUUUAUCUACAUGACACAAGAUAUCAUAACUAUAGAGGUGUCACGUGUCAUCGAAAAAGAAUACCAAGAUUUUCAAUAAUUAUAAUAUUUACAUCUGGGGAUUCUUUUUUGAUCACCCUGUAACUGGCGGGAAAGUCAGUCGCUUACACCAACGUUUUGACUUGGACGUAGCCUUAAGUUUAGUCGUUUUAGUACAAGACAACACAGAGGGAAGGAAACUGAAGUGUAUAAGGUAGAUUUUGUUUAUUAACUCUUUAUUGCAAUUAUUAAAAGCUAAAAUACUAUUGAACUAAUAAAACCGCUUUAGAGAGAGAGAGAGAGAGUCAGCGAGAGAGAAAAGAGGGAGAAAGAGAAACAAAUUAAUGACAAAUGAGGUGAUUGAUGGGAACUGCAAAGUCAUAAUAAUAAUAAUAAUAAUAAUAAUAAUAAUAAUAAUAAUCUUUCUCAGUUUCCCUCCCUCACCGUGUAUCGUCACCAUUAAUGUGUCAUUUAUCAAGACUCGGUUCCUCGUGUUUCUCCUGCAGAAGGUGUAAAGCGUUUUCACCUAUAUUUUUUUUUCAGCCGUUGUAUGUUACAUGACAACCAACCACGUGUCAUAUUAACCACGUGUCAUACCAACCACAUGUUAUACCAACCACGUGUCAUACCAACCACGUGUCAUACCAACCACGUGUCAUACUAACCACGUGUCAUACCAACCACGUGUCAUACCAACCACGUGUUAUACCAACCACGUGUCAUACCAACCACGUGUUAUACCAACCACGUAUUAUACCAACCGCGUUAUACCAACCACAUGUCAUACCAACCACGUGUCAUACCAACCACAUGUCAUACCAACCACGUGUCAUACCAACCACGUGUCAUACCAACCACGUGUCAUACCAACCAGUCAUAUUUACAUUAUAUUCCCGUGUGUGGUGUUGUCUUAGGUUUACACGCAAAUUAGUGUUAUUUCUUUCACAACCUUUAUCACUCAGUCCUUCGAUUAGUUAUGAUUUUAGUGUCCCGUUAAGUUAUGAUUCAGCUACAGAUGUUUAUAGUUGAUAUAUUGAGAUAAAUGAUAAAUAUUGAAUAAAUAAUCUCUUUUUCACAAUGACAACGGGAGAGACUAAAUGAUAAAAAAUAUACCCAAUCAUUCAUCGCAAGAGAAAUACUAAAUAAGAAUGAUUUUUUUUUUUUUUA